AUGUCGAAAGCAUCCUAUUUAUUGCAACAUGAGGUUGUUUUGGUCAGACAGUUGGCAUCUUUUAUAGGUGUGAUGGUUAGUUCUUUUUAUGCAAUUUUAGAAGGGCCACUACAUUAUAGAGCCCUUGAAAGAGACAAGUUGAUAGGUUUAGGUCAAAAUAUGAAUUUUGAUAAUAAAGUUAGUUUGUCUACGAAAAGUAUUCAAGAAAUUCAAUGGUGGUUAAAAAACGUGAAGAAUAAAAAUGGUAAAAGAAUCAGGCCUAUUUCUGUAUCCAGAAGGUGUUUUACAGAUGCGUCGAUGGAAGGUUAUGGUGGAAUAGACCUGAUUUCUGGCUUGCACACACAAGGCAGAUGGAAAAAUCAGGAAUGUGGUUAUCAUAUUAAUUAUUUGGAACUCCUUGCAGUUUUUUACUGCAUGCAAGCAUUUUACAAUGAAUUUUGUGAUAUUCAUAUUGAGAUUCAUUCAGAUUCUGUUUCAGUGGUAACUUACAUAAAUAAUUUUGGUGGUAUGAAUUCUUUGGAAUUAGAUGACCUUUCAAAAUGUUUAUGGGAAUGGUGUUUAAGAAGAAAUAUAUAUAUUUCUGCUGUACAUGUCCCUGGUAAAUUAAAUAAAAGUGCUGAUUAUUAUUCUAGAAAUUUUUCAGAUUCCACUGAAUGGACAUUGAAAAAAGAUAUUUUUGAAAGAUUAUGUAGACACACAUUUAUGCCUAGCAUAGACCUUUUUGCUUCUAGACUUAAUAAUCACUUACCUAAAUUUGUUUCAUGCUUUCCCGAACCAGGGGCUUACGCAGUUAAUGCCUUUUCAUUAUCAUGGAAGGAUAUGAUACCAUACAUCUUUCCUCCUUUUAAUUUAAUUGGGAAAGUACUAAGUAAAAUUGUUAUUGAUGAGGUUGAUAGAGCUCUAAUGGUUGUUCCUUUUUGGUUCACACAACCUUGGUUCCCUAUUCUACUUGAAAACCCUUGUGAUUUUCCUAUCAGGCUACCCAGACACAGAGAUCUUCUAGUUUUGCCGCACAAUGGAACAUUACACCCAUUAGGAAGAAAAUUAAAAAUGAUUGGAGUGGUGUUAUCAGGGAAAGCCUGCAGAGUAAGGGAAUUUCAUCAAAUGUUGCAGAUUUUAUCGCAGAAUCUUGGUCACAGGGCACAAGAAAACAGUAUAGCAGUGCCUGGAAAAGAUGGUAUAUGUGGAAUUCUAUUAGAUGUUCCAGUCCAAUUUGUUCGUCUGAAGGUGUAG